AUGCACAAACAAGUGAUGAUCAAGCCAAAACACGUAAUUCGAACACAACCUCCCAGCUCCGUCCUCCAUCAAUGCAUCAACUCCCGGUUCUUCCAAAAGAUACAAAAGCCUGCAGACACGAAGGAGGUAGAGCUGUCAGAUCAUUGGAAAGGGACGGAAAGUGUCGAGUGGACGAUUGAAUAUAUGACGAUGUAUGUUAAAGAAGAAUCUAUUUCGCCAGUGACCAGACUAAUGCCAGUUUUCGUAGUCGAUAUAUCAACUUCACGGGUUAACUGUGUUCGGCUGUGUGCUGGAAUGACUGAAGAUCUGAAACUACAGGUUGGCGAUCACGAAGAUACAUCUACCAGAAAUUUUUCGGAGAACGCUAUCCUACGAGUGGUCGGUGUUGGCUACUGCAUGCCAUUUUCGUGGUCGCAUGGGGUGUGGUUAUCAUUGGGAUAG